AUGCCGUCACAGGCCAACGACGGAAAUUCCAAGUUUAUGGCCGACAUCUUUGUACUAACGCCCAGCCCCGGCGCUCAAUGGACGACCGUGGACCGCCCCCGGCGGGACGAGGUCGCCCUGCUGUUGGGCCACCGCCCCGUGCUAAAAACAUUCCGCCGCGGCGGUCACCCUCCCCCAAUAGCCGAUCAGCUCGGUCUCAAGAGGACGCUUCGAAACGGCACCACCCAAGCAGCAGUGCUGUCUCUGGGCGGACUGGCCAACAAGGCCCUGCCCCAGAUAGGUCUGCAGGCCGUCGCCCAUCCGUUUCUCGGCCUCGGCGCAACUCUGAGUCUUCUGUGGCGGACGAUACCAACCCGUCCAAGAGUGACAAAAUCCUUCGAGAGGCUCGGCGUCGUGAGCAGGCGAGUCGGGAGAAGAGCUCAACACGCCCAAACCGCCGCAAUGAUAUUAUUGAUCAGCUGGAUGCCACUAGCAUUUUUGGAAAUGGCGUUCCCGAAGGACUCAUUGAACAACAUUCUUGGCGGUUCGGGUCCUCUGAACACGCGGCCUGACCACAAGACCUUCAUGGGCCAGGGCGAAGACGAAGCGUUCAGAGACUUCGCUGCCAGCCGUGAGAAGACCAGCUCGUCUGCCAAUGCGACAGUUUUUGACCCUCGCCGCGCUUCCAUCGUUCAUGGAGACGAGUCUCUCGGCUUGGGCACUUCAACAUUCUUGGAGGGCACGCCUGUUGCUCGCACCACAAUCCAGCGCCGCGAAGCCGAAAGGGCUCAAGAUACGCAAGAUAAUCCGCUGCAGCGGAAGAAGUCGCUUGCGCAGCGCUUCCGCAGCACCAAGCGCGGACCUCGUGAGGGCAAUGCUGGCCGCGCCUUCAGCACAGAUGGAACUCCUAUUGCGUCUCGCCCCCGCGGUAAUGGCAACGAGCGUCCAGGUCGCCAAUUUGAGGAGUAUGACGGGUCCAGAAAUGAAGAGGAUAUGAUUAGCGUCCGUAGGAAGGCUCCGCCUAUGCCGGGCUCUCCUCCAAGCCCUCGCGACGAUUUUGAGCGGCGGUCUACUUCAGAUGCGGCCUAUUCGAUGACUGACGCUCCAAAGCACAGCCAUUCUGCGACUGGAUCUGAUGAUGUUUCGAAACCGACCAGCAGCGGCCUUCUGGCUCGCGUAAAGAGUUUGAAGGGGGGUCGUCGGGCACCUCCACCUCCUCCUACGAGGGACUCCUAG